AUGGAGUCAUCCCAGGUCCUCUCUCUUUCCAGACGCGCAGUCGCCAUUGCGAUGCCUCUGUGGGCACGCGACGACUCGGAUUCCUCGUCUGGCGAGAAGCCCGUCAGCAAUUUCCUCAAGAGCGGUGUGCCGGGCAUCAUCGUUGGCAUAUUCUUCCUCAUCGCAGUUUCUGUAUGCUGCUAUUUCCUCUAUCGCAACAAAAAGCGAGAUGCUAAAGAAGCCGCGGCGCUCUUUCUCUGUUACUCCGUUGCCUACUAUCAGCCUUUGUUCAAUUUCUCUUUUCUAUCCGGUCUUUGGAGUUUGGGCGGGUUCGGUUCGUCUUAUACCUCUAUUAUCGUCCUCGACAAAAUUUCCUUGUCUGUUGCCAGAGCAUCUCUCUCGACUGGUCCGCCAUCCUACGUUUCGCAUGGCACGUCGCAAAUGAAAUCCACUGAACGCAUCAACGAACAUAUGUACCAUCAGUCCUACGUCUCUGCCCUUUUUGAUGUCUUGGCGCGUGGCCUGCCCAAUUUGCCAUGUAUUACUAUCCAAUUGAGGCUGGCACCCCUUGGCCGAUACCUGACUUGGGAUGGCCGAGCGACAAGCACUCACCAGUUACUUUCAGACCCUCUGUAG